AUGUCAUAUUCAGGAUCUCAUGUCACGUCUCAGUCGUCCCCCCGGACGAGUCAAGUCUCGGAGUCUAACCGCCAAAAGCAAAGUGCCGUGACGAUCGUCGGCUCUUCCUCGCCACGACCAGGCCUCUCGAGCGGGUCGGCCUCUAUGUCGAUCUCAUCGGUGGAGACAUCUGACAUGGACGGGUUUCAUGUCGUAGAUGGAACGAAGCUGCCUGUAAUCACCAUAAAUGGAGAUAGCGAUGGCGAUGGCGUUGAGGUUAGCGUAAGCGCUGCAGCUGUAUCAUCACGCGCUUCAUCACACGCUUCAUCAUGGAGUUCCGUUGCGCCGACAUCUUCAGUGCACUCACUAGAAAGUCUCAGUUCUCCUUAUGCAUGUUUGUUCCACAUGCUAGACUGCCACGAGUCCUUCGACGAAGUCGCGCACUGGAACACUCACGUUCUAGCUCAUUUCCAGAAACACCCGCCGCCCCGAAUGGCGCGGUGUCCACUGUGUCCGGACACAAAGUUUGUUGACGACGACGACGGCGACAGCGAAGACAGCGAUACCUACAGUCGGACCUCAUCGCCGACAGACAUGCCCUCACUACCACCAUCUCACGAGGACACACGCAGUAUAGCGGCAACAGCUUGGAACAGACUGCUCAACCACGUCGCAACAGACCACUUUCAACACGGCCACACGCUAGCAGGUAGUCGAACAGACUUCGAGCUAAUGCGCUAUCUGUACGGGUGUCGGAUAAUCUCAGACGCCCAGUUCAAGGCUAUGCAGCUUGCGCCAGCGCCGUCUAGCCCUGCUUAUCACCAUUCGCAGGAUGGUGUGCGUGCUAGUAUAGGCUCGGCGGAUGAGCCAUAUUGCGCGCCGUAUAGCCGUCGGCGAGAAGAAAGGAUGAGGGGGCAGGGUGGAGCUAGUGUUUGCUGA